AUGGCCCCAUACACGAUCUUCUACCAGCCUCGCACCGCCAUCAAGUGUCAAGCUCUGGCUGACUUCCUCGUCGAUUGGGCCGAAACCCAGUACCUACCGCCAGCCCCCGACUCCACUCAUUGGCCGAUGCACUUCGAUGGGUCCAAGAUGCCCACCGGCCUGGGAGCCGGCAUCGUCCUCACCUCUCCCAAGGGCGACAGGCUCAAGUACACCUUGCAAAUUCAUUUUGCCGCCUCCAACAACUCAUCUGGCGAUUGGGAUGUCAAGGACGCAAACAUGGCAAGCUACCACUUCCUCGUGCAGCAAAUUAGUGGACAUUUUGAAGGAUGUGAGUUCCUCCACGUGCCACGGGCCGACAAUGAGCAAGCUGAUGCCCUGGCAUGGAUAGGCUCUACCCGGCAAGCUAUACCAGCCGGCGUCUCCAUGCACCGCCUCCUCAAGCCAUCCAUCAAGCCAUCUCCAGAAUCUGACUCCAUCUUCAUGCCGCCUGACCCCGACGCAGUCGGAUCCGACUUGGGGAACCAGGCAGGCGGCUCGGGGACUUCGAUAGGCGGCCCGGGGACUGCCAUAGUCGUACCCUGCCUGGGAACUUCGGAACUUGGCCUGGGGACUACUGCAGUCGGCCCGGGGACUGCAUCGACACAGCAGGCGGUGGCCGACUCCAAUUCUUCACCACCCAGCCCACCCGCCCUGGUCACAGCAGCAGUUUUGACAAUAGAAGAAGUCACAGCUCCAUCAUGGGCCCAGCCCAUCCUCAAUUUCUUGGUAAACAGAGAGUUGCCAAAUGACGAGAUCUCGGCAAGACAAGUUCAACGCCGAGCUGGAGCCUACACAAUAGUAAACAAAGAGCUCGUUAGGCGCAGCGUCACUGGAGUCUUCCAGCGCUGUGUCGAGCCAGAGAAGGGCAUAGCAAUCCUCAAGGAUAUUCACCAAGGUGAAUGCGGCCACCACGCGGCCUCAAGAUCACUCGUCGCCAAAGCUUUCCACCACGGAUUCUUCUGGCCGACUGCUUUGGACGACGCCAAAGAGCUAGUCAAACACUGCAAAGGGUGCCAAGUUUUCAGUUCCAAGCAACACCUGCCAGCUUCUGCACUCAAGACCAUCCCCCUCACUUGGCCUUUCGCCGUCUGGGGG